AUGCUUCGCAGGCACAAACGCAGCUGGGUGUGGAACCAGUUUUUUGUCCUGGAGGAGUACACAGGCGAAGAACCUCUUUAUGUUGGCAAGCUCCACUCAGACGUGGACAAUGGGGAUGGCAAGGUGAAAUACGUGCUCUCAGGAGAGGGCUCCACCUCCAUCUUCACCAUCGACGAGAACACAGGAGACAUCCACGCCACCAAGCGUCUGGACCGGGAGGAGCAGGCCUAUUACACGCUUCAGGCCCAGGCCGUGGACCGGAUCACCAACAUCCCGGUGGAGCCCAGGUCAGAGUUCCUGGUCAAGGUUCAGGACAUCAAUGACAAUGAGCCCAAGUUCAUGGACGGGCACUACAUGGCCGGGGUACCGGAGAUGUCAGCAUUGGGAACAAUGGUGGUCCAAGUGGCAGCCACAGAUGCAGAUGAUCCCACAUAUGGGAACAGUGCCAGGGUGGUCUACAGCAUCAUCAGCGGACAACCCUACUUCUCAGUGGAACCAAAAACAGGCAUCAUCCGGACAGCGCUGCCCAACAUGGACCGAGAGGUGAAAGACCAAUACGUUUUGGUCAUCCAGGCCAAAGACAUGGUGGGCCAGAUGGGCGGCCUUUCAGGCACCACCUCUGUCACAAUCACUCUCACCGACGUCAACGACAACCCGCCACACUUCUCUCGCAAGAACUAUCAGUACACUGUGCUGGAGUCCUUGCCUGUGGCAUCCGUGGUGGCCAGGGUCAAGGCUGUGGAUGCAGACAUAGGCCCCAAUGCAGAGAUGGAGUAUAGGAUCAUUGAGGACGGACCUGGGUUGUUCAACAUCACCACAGAUGAGGACACGCAAGAGGGCGUCAUCAUCCUUCAGAAGCCGUUAGACUUUGAGACCAAGAACAGCUUUAAUGUGCGCAUCGAAGCCACCAAUCGGAACAUCGACCCUGCGUUCGUGCACCUGGGUUUGUUCAGCGACACAACGUCGGUCAAGGUGACGGUGAAGGACGUGAACGAGUCGCCUGUGUUCUCGACACAGCUCAGCAGGAUGGUGAUCUCUGAGGACGCCAGAGUUGGCACCUCCAUCGGGAGGGUCUCCGCGCACGAUCCGGACACCUCCAACAGUACCAUCAGGUACUCCAUAGAUAGAAACACAGACCUGGAGGGUAUCUUCAAUGUGGAUGCUCUGAGUGGGGUCAUCAGUACUGCCAAGCACCUGGACCGAGAGGUCAACUCUGUCCACAACCUUACCAUACUCGCCAUGGAGAGCCGUAAGAGCACACACACACAACUUUCAACAUCAGGCCUCAAAGUCAGACUAGUCAUGCUGGACAUCAAUGACAACGCUCCGGUGUUUGCCAUCGUGUAUGAGACCCUCCUAUGUGAGAAUGCAGCUCCUGGACAGGUCAUCCAGACCAUCAGCGCAGUGGACAAGGAUGAAUCUCCCAGUGGUCAUCUCUUCUACUUUGCCCUACCUGCGUCUGUGGUUAGCAAUAGCAACUUCACUCUCCGAGACAACAAAGACAACACGGCGUCUAUCGUAACGAAACGUGGAGGGUUUCGUAGACAGGAGCAGAUGCUGUAUCGACUGCCCGUGUUGAUUGUCGACAAUGGAAGCCCUGCCCUCAGUAGCACCAACACCUUAUCAGUGAAUGUGUGUGACUGUGACUCGGACGGUGUGGCCCAAUCAUGUGGAGCCAUGCCCUACACACUUCCUGCUGGCCUCAGUACAGGGGCCCUGGUCGCAGUUCUGGGAUGCAUCAUUACACUGCUGGUGAUGGUGCUGAUGAUCAUGUCGAUGCGUCAGAGGAUGAAGGAGCCAUUAAUUCUGGAGGAGGAGAGGGACGUGAGGGAGAACAUCGUCCGCUACGACGAUGAAGGUGGAGGAGAGGAAGACACGGAGGCCUUCGACAUGGUAGCCCUCCGCAACCUCAAUGUCAUCAGAGACCCCAAGGUCCGGCGAGACGUCAUCCCUGACACCCACACCUUCUUCCCCUACCCAACGUCCUCCUCCUCGCAGCCUGUCCACAAAACCCUGCCAGACAAUGUGGUGUUCCGAGAGUUCAUCUGGGACCGCCUGAAAGAUGCAGAUGUUGAGCCUUCAGCUCCGCCAUACGACUCUUUGCAGACGUACGCCUUUGAGGGGAGUGGCUCGGUAGCUGAAUCCUUAAGCUCCUUGGAGUCGCUAAGUACAGACUCAGAGCAGAACUACGACUAUCUCAGCACCUGGGGGCCACGUUUCAAGAAGCUCGCCGACCUGUAUGGCAACAGCGACGGCAAUAGCAAUGGCAACAGCAUGUUGUCAUAGCCAAAACUUUCCUGAACAUAGACAACAAAUAUGUUAUGAUAGUCUGGGGUGAGAGUCUGUGAAAACAAAGUGAGAUAGGAAAAAUACAAGUGACUUCAA